AUGGUGGCACUGGAAAAAGUGCCCAUUUUGGGUAAGAAGACGAUCCAUGUUGGAUACAAUAUGCAUUCGCAUAUUGUGCGGACUAUAGUCGACGAAUGCCCCUCUUCGACUUAUGUGGUGAUUAAUGACACCAAUUUGUUGAAAGUGCCGUAUUAUCAUACCGUUUUGAAUGAAUUGAAGGAGAACUUGCCUGAGGGAUCCCGUUUGUUAGAAUACGUGGUCAAGCCUGGGGAGGCUAACAAGACAAGAGAAACAAAGGCUGACAUCGAGGAUUAUUUGCUAUCGCAGGGAUGCACCCGUGACACGCUCAUCAUUGCCGUAGGCGGUGGUGUCAUUGGUGAUAUGAUUGGAUUUGUGGCUUCAACGUUUAUGAGAGGUGUGCGAGUGGUACAGGUUCCAACGUCGCUGCUUGCGAUGGUAGACUCUUCUAUCGGUGGUAAGACUGCUGUCGACACGCCUUUGGGAAAAAACUUUAUUGGUGCGUUUUGGCAACCCGAGUUCAUUUUGGUCGACAUUAAGUGGCUGGAGUCGUUGCCAAAAAGAGAGUUUAUCAAUGGUAUUGCUGAAGUGAUCAAGACUGCCUGUAUUUGGAAUUCUGAUGAAUUUGCAAGACUAGAAGCGAAUGCAGGUCUGUUCUUGGACGUUGUCAAUGAUGCCAAGCUCUUGAAUGUCGCCAAUGAAAAAACUAACGAUAUAGAAGAACUCUCUUAUACGCCAAUCGACAGGAUGUUGGAGCAUACGUUCAAGUUGGUGUUGGAGAGUAUUAAGGUGAAAGCAGAGGUUGUGUCUUCAGAUGAACGUGAAUCAAGUCUGAGAAAUCUUCUAAAUUUCGGCCACUCUAUCGGUCAUGCAUAUGAAGCGAUCUUGACUCCACAGGCGUUGCAUGGUGAAUGUGUUUCGAUCGGUAUGGUCAAAGAGGCUGAGCUUUCCCGUUAUCUGGGAAUCUUGACGUCCACGCAGGUGGCACGUCUAUACAAGAUCCUAGUGGCUUACGGGUUGCCUGUCUCGCCAGAAGAAAAAUGGUUCAAAGAACUCACUUUGCACAAGAAAACCCCUCUGGAUGUUCUGCUAAGUAAGAUGAGCAUAGAUAAGAAAAAUGAUGGAUCCAAGAAGAAGGUGGUUAUUUUGGAAAGCAUCGGUAAGUGCUACGGUAAAUCCGCUCAUGUGGUAUCUGAUGAAGAUUUAAGAUUUGUGCUAACUGAUGAGACAUUGGUUUCGCCUUUCAACAAUAUCCCCGCUGACCAAGUUAAGGUUAUCACGCCUCCAGGUUCAAAGUCCAUUUCUAAUAGAGCCCUAAUUUUGGCUGCUUUGGGACGCGGAACAUGUAGGAUCAAGAAUUUACUACACUCUGAUGAUACCAAACACAUGUUGACUGCUGUUCAAGAGCUAAAUGGAGCUACGAUCACUUGGGAGGAUAACGGUGAGACUGUUGUUCUCGAGGGUCAUGGUGGCGAGACUUUGCGAGCCUGUAAAGAACCGCUCUAUCUAGGUAACGCUGGUACGGCCUCAAGAUUUUUGACUUCUGUAGCGGCUCUAGUUCAAUCUUCGGCGGAUCAGGAUUAUGUUGUGCUGACAGGCAAUGCAAGGAUGCAACAGAGACCUAUAGGUCCAUUAGUGGACUCAUUGAGAGAAAACGGAACUGAGAUAGAGUAUCUAAACUCAGAGGGAUCAUUGCCAAUUAAGGUAUCGACUAACUCAGUUUUCAAGGGCGGCAGAAUUGAACUUGCAGCAACUGUUUCGUCUCAAUACGUUUCUUCCAUUUUGAUGUGUGCGCCUUAUGCUCAGACUCCUGUGACACUAGCCCUUGUAGGUGGAAAGCCAAUUUCUCAACUUUAUGUUGAUAUGACAAUUAAGAUGAUGGAAAAAUUCGGUGUGAAGGUGGAAGCCUCUAAGACUGAAGCUAAUACGUACCACAUUCCGAAAGCUCAAUACAUUAACCCGCCAGAAUACAUCAUCGAAAGUGAUGCAUCUAGUGCUACGUAUCCCUUGGCUUUUGCUGCGAUGACAGGAACCACCGUUACUGUGCCUAAUAUCGGAAGCGAAUCUUUGCAGGGCGAUGCAAGAUUUGCUGUCGAUGUCUUGAAGCCAAUGGGUUGUAAAGUGGAACAAACGGCCACUUGUACUACUGUCACCGGUCCUCCAAGAGGCUCUUUGAGACCGCUGAAACACGUUGACAUGGAACCUAUGACCGAUGCGUUCUUAACAGCUUGUGUGGUUGCAGCAAUUGCACAUGAUGAUGAUCCAAAUUCUCAAAACACAACAACCAUUGAGGGUAUCGCUAAUCAGCGUGUUAAGGAAUGUAACAGAAUUGAGGCAAUGGCUACUCAACUGGCAAAGUUCGGAGUUUCUACUAAGGAACUGCCAGAUGGUAUUCAAGUUCAUGGAUUGAACUCUUUGGAUGAGUUGAAGGUCCCAUCUGACUCAUCAGGACCUAUCGGUGUUGAGACUUAUGACGAUCACCGUGUUGCAAUGAGCUUUUCUCUUCUUGCAGGGAUGACCAACUCUCAAAAACCGACCGGCGAGCCUGUUCAAGUGGUCAGAGUUUUGGAAAGACAUUGUACGGGUAAGACUUGGCCAGGUUGGUGGGAUGUUUUGCACACAGAUUUGGGAGCCAGAUUAGAUGGUGCAGAGCCACUACCAGUCUCGAGUAAAAGAGCUAAUAAGAGUAUUGUUAUCAUUGGUAUGAGGGCUGCAGGCAAGUCAACUAUCAGCAGAUGGUGUGCAGCUUCGCUAGGAUACAAAUUGGUCGAUUUGGAUGUUCUCUUUGAAGAGAAGUACGCAAAAUGUUCGGUCAAGGAUUUUGUGUCUGAACAUGGCUGGGAUGAGUUCCGCGCUCUGGAAACUAAGGUUUUCCAAGAUGUUAUUGAAAAGCAUGGCGAUGACGGCUAUGUCUUUUCGACCGGUGGUGGAAUUGUCGAAUCUUCUGAUGCCAGAAAGUCUCUGCAGAAAUUUGCUUCUAAAGGGGGAAUAGUUUUGCACCUUCACAGAGAUAUAGAGGAGACAAUCGUCUUUCUGCAGAACGAUCCUAGCAGACCGGCCUAUGUGGAAGAAAUUAGGGAGGUCUGGGAAAGACGAGAGAAGUGGUACACCGAAUGCUCCAACUUUACCUUUUUUGCUCCUCAUUGUUCGAAUGAGAUUCAGUUCCAGAAUUUGAGAAGAGCUUUUGAGACAUUCAUCUCCACCAUUACUGGCCACAGAGAGGUGACAAUUCCGAAAAAAAGAUCUACUUUCGUGUGCUUGACAUUUGAAGAUCUGACCGAGAGAGUUGAUGAGCUACCAGCAAUAGUUUAUGGAUGCGAUGCUGUGGAGGUUAGAGUCGAUCAUUUAGCUAAGCUUGACUCCGAUUAUGUCUCGAAGCAGUUGUCGAUCCUGCGGUCUGCUACUGAUAGCUUACCAAUAAUUUUCACUGUAAGGACCAAAAAGCAAGGUGGACACUUUCCAGACGAUGACUUCAAGUCAUUAGAGGAAUUGUACAACAUUGCAUUGAAGGCCGGUGUUGAGUUCAUUGAUCUCGAGCUUACUUUACCAGCAACACUACAGUACAAAGUUCUGAACAACAAAGGAUACACUAAGAUAAUCGGCUCUCAUCACGACUUCGCAGGUGAAUUUUCCUGGGAUGAUGCAGAGUGGGAGAAUAGAUACAAUCAAGCCAGCUGUUUGGAUGUCGACGUCAUCAAGUUUGUUGGUAUGGCGAAAACCUUCGAUGAUAAUAUGUCUCUAGAAAGAUUCAGAGACGGUCAUAAAUCGAAACCGUUGAUUGCCAUCAACAUGGGUGAACUAGGCAAAGUCUCACGCGUUUUAAAUGCAGUAUUAACGCCUGUCACAUCAGAACUGUUGCCUAGCGCUGCAGCACCUGGUCAACUGACCUUGGCUCAGAUCAAUCAGAUUUACACAUCAAUCGGCGGAAUGAGACCAAAGAGCUUUUACGUCGUCGGCAAGCCAAUCUCUCACUCGAGAUCACCCACACUGCAUAACACCGGUUACAAAAUACUGGGCCUACCUCACAAUUUCAGCAAGUUUGAAACUGACUCGGCUUCUGAGGUCAAAGAAAAGUUGCUUGACGGUGAACCAAACCUGGGCGGUUUAGCUGUAACCAUUCCUUUGAAGCUUGAUAUUAUGCCAUUUAUGAACGAACUCACCGAGGCCGCUAAGAUAAUCGGUGCGGUCAAUACAGUCACGCCUCUGGGCAAUGGUUCUUUCCAAGGCGAUAACACGGAUUGGCUAGGCAUCAGAAACUCUUUGGUCGGUAACGGAGUCCCAGAGAGCUUGGCCGGCAUGGCCGGUCUCGUUAUAGGAGCUGGAGGAACUUCAAGAGCUGCUGUCUAUGCCCUUCAUAUGAUGGGCUGUUCUGAGAUUUUCAUGAUCAACAGAACGGCAUCCAAGUUAAAGAGUCUCCAGAGGGAGUUUCCUGAGUCAUAUAAGAUAAAGGUUAUUGAAUCCGCGGAUGAGAUUGAAGCGUCAGAAACACCUGUUGGAGUUGCCGUCAAUUGCGUGCCUGGAGACAAGCCUAUUGAUGACGUCCUUCUAGGGAAGCUUGAAAGAUUCCUGAACAAGGGGGUGCAUUCUUCUUUCGUCCCAACACUUUUAGAGGCAGCCUACAAGCCUGCAGUCACCCCUAUCAUGAAGAUUGCGCAUGAUAAGUAUCAAUGGCAAGUUAUUCCAGGGUCUCAAAUGCUUGUCCACCAAGGCGUUGCGCAGUUCCAAAAGUGGACCAAAUUGAGGGCACCAUUCAAGGCUAUCUUCGACGCCGUCACUAAAGAUUAG